AUGUCGGACGGUGGGUCCGACUCGAACAAGACGCCUGGGUGUCCCGAGUCUCAUGGGGGCGGUGAAGAUGAGCCUACGAAAGGACUCGAGCGGGCAUACAGGCUCAUGGUCACUACAGGAUUCUGUUUAGUUCGAAAGGUGAGCAUGCUGACUCCUCCCCCGCGCCUGCUACUGCGCAUUCGAUUAUGGCGAAUGCGGUGA